AUGUACAAUCAGAGAAACUGUGACAACAGUUCGGUCAUAAAAUUAUUGAAUGCAUCAUUUGAAGUGAACAAAAACUGUGAUUUGAAAAUUGGUUCCUGUUCUGACAUAAAAGCUUACAAAAGUGCAAUCGUUGAAUUCCAAGCAUUAAAAGGAAGAAUGAUCAUUUAUAACACGAAGUUUAAUCUUUGCGCAUUAAACAUGCGCAACAUUCCGCAACUUGUAUUAUUUGCUGUUGCAUACUUGGGAGUCCCACUUCAAUGUCCAGUUGCAUCGAACUCUGAGUUUUGUUACAAAAAUGAAACACUUUUUACAUUUUCUGAAGCGACAAGAAAAAUGCUCGGAUACUUUGUGAAUAGACCAAAGAAGGGUGUGAUGUUGAAAGCGAGUAUCGUUCAUGAUACUGGAAAAUCAUGCUUGAGUCUUGAAACAAAAAUGAAUGACGGAAAAUAUCCCUAA